UUUAAAUUAGGAUGUCGAAGAGGAUGAUCAAUGAAACCAGGAGGCUUCCUCAGGGUAAUACUAGAUCCAAAGUUAGAGCUGGAAUGACAAAUCAAUACAGAGGUGGAGUUACCAGAAAAGGAGGAGUUACCAGUUAUCCAACCAAUGGUUCAAGAACUGCUGGAAGAGAGCAAUUAGGAUUUGUGAAACUUGAAAACGGGAAAGAGAUAAAUGUGCAUCCAGACUCCUUAAUUAAAAGAAGAGGAACUGGAAAUACUAUUAAAGCUGAACCAGACCAGCCAGAGACCAUGGCAGAUCACACCCAUACCUACAAAGACGAAUCUGAGUCAGUCCCAUUCGGGAAGGAAGAAUCUAAGCAGCCCACUGAGAGCAGGAUCAGAUCUGGCAUUGAAUCAGGAACAGGAAUGCAAACCUCCCAGUCGAUGCUCAGCUCAAUGCUUGAAGGAUCUGAAGACGAGGAAAAUAGGAAGCAAGAAAAUAUGAAGAAGGAGAAAAUGAAGAAGAAAGGACUGUCUGAAGCUGAAAAGAAUGCUCUUGUUGAUAUCGAACUCACUGAAACAGAGACAAUGACUCUCCUGUUCAUUCCAGGCAUUGUCUGCAGUGAUCAAGAUGAAGAAAGCUUGAAAGCAACUAAGGACUAUAAGGAAUUACUCAAGUUUAAAGUUGGAGCAGAUUCCUAUAAUAACACAGGAUCGCAGACGCUUAAUCUCAACCAAAAAGUUAAGGACGAGACUUGUGAAGAAAUGGUUAAGAUGAGAAUCGAGAAUGAGCAAGUCAACAACUACGAGAUAGAAGAAGAAAUCAGAAAAGAAGUCGAGGAUAAAGGUGCAGAAUUUGCAAGAAUUUAUGAAAAGAGCAUCGAUGAUAUCAUGAAUGAUAGACUUGACGAAGCUAAAGGACUUAUUGAUUCCGAAGAACUUGUCUCACAUAUUAGUAUUUACUCUCAGAUGAAUAAUACUACGUCUCAACCUACUGGAGGAAGAUCAGUGAAAGGCAAGCAAAAGACUAAAUCUAAAGCAGGAACUACAAGUCAAGGAAAAUCCUCAAAAAACAGAGUCAGCGGGAAGGAAGGGGAAGGAACUACUAAAAGUAUUGUCCGUGAAUCUGACACUAAAUCUGGGUUAUCAGAUAAGCUUUCAUCAAGCUCUGCUACUCAAAAUUACACUGCAAUCCAGAGUAAGACUUCUGGCUUCCCUGAUAGUUUGAUGCCUUCAAAGAUGGAAUUCAUUGAGGAUGAUGCAAUGUUGCAAUCAAGCUCAAUGCUAAAAGCAAUAAAGAUCGUUGAAAGAUUGUUGACCCAGACUAAGUACCACAAAGAGCAUGUCCUCUAUACAGAUUAUCCACAAGUUGAACUCCCUAAAAUGGAUGAGAAGAAGAAUGACCAAGAUGAAAAUUCAGGAGGAAUCACUUCUUUCGGUCUAGGAGCUGUUCAGAAUGUUGAUUCGAAUUCUAACAAAUCUGAUUCAAACUCAGAUUCAGAUUACAAAGAUGAAAAAGAUCCUAUCAGGCUCAAACCAUUGUUUACAUUUGAGUGUGAUUUCACUAAGGAUAUGAAUAUCACAUGCAUGGAUUUCAAUAAAGCUAAUCCAGAUUUACUCGCUGUAGCAUAUGGAGAAUAUGACAUGAACAAAAUUGAGAAGAAAAAUAAAGGGCUCGUUGCUUUUUGGACAUUGAAAAAUCCGAAUUUCCCAGAGAAAAUGAUUAAGACUGAAAACUCUGUAACCGCAUUGGCAUUCUCUACUGCCAGCCCUAAUCUAAUUGCUGUUGGAGAUUCAGCUGGAGGUAUCUUAAUCUAUGAUUGCCAAAAUGAGGAAGAAGAUAUACUUCCAGUUGCACAAGCAUCAUCUGGUAAAAAGGCUUCUUCUAAAAAGAAAGAAAGUAGCUUUGAUAAACUGACCGUUCCGAUAGCUGAAUCAAGAGAGAUAGACGAGAAGCACACCGAUAUUAUUUGGGAAAUCAAAUGGGUCCAGAAACCAUCUAAAGGAGAAGUUCUUGUCUCCGUUUCAGGAGAUGGAAGAGUCAUAGAGUGGUCUAUAAAGAAAGGUCUUGAAUAUAAUGAUCUCAUGCAGCUUAAGAGACAAGCAACUUCUGUACAGAAAGAGGCAAAUGUUGCUCCAGCUGGUAUCGAUGACGAAAGAAAGCCAGGAAUGACCUUUAUCAACACAGGAGGUCUUUCCCUUGAUUUCCCUGCAGGACAGAGUGCCAAUUACUUUGCAGCAACAGAAGAUGGAACUAUUAACAGAUGCUCUGUUAGUUAUUCUGAAAGAAGCCUUGACACAUAUACAGGACACACAGGUCCAGUUUACAAAGUAAGAUGCUCUCCAUUCUGGGCAAAUGAUUGCCAGAUCUUUGCAACUUGUUCUUAUGAUUGGACAGUCAGAAUCUGGAACCAUAAAGAGCCAAUUGGAAAACAAGAGAAACUUAUUUGUAGGCAUCAGUAUCUUCAAGAACAAGUCAAUGACAUAGAAUGGUCUCCAGAUACUUCCUCUGUAUUCGCACUGGUUGCUGAUGACGGAAGAGUCGAAAUUUGGGAUCUUGCGAUAAAUAAUCUCGAGCCUAAACUGACCUAUUUCGAUAAGAUCAACAAGAAGACAAAGAGUAACGUACCAAAGACAUGUGUGAGAUGGAGCAGACAAUCACCAGUCCUUGUUACAGGAAAUGUUCAAGGAGUGGUCCAUGUCUAUAGGACUAAUGGAUUAGACCAUGUUCAAGUCUCUCAUGCUGAUCAAGUUGAGAGACUUCUUGAAUCAAUCAAGAAGGAAGACUAUACUGAUGAAUCGAAGGAUUCGAAGAGAGGUGGUGCUGAUGGUAAAUAAUUAGAGCAAUAAACCCAAUUUCAACAAG